AGAAGGAGGAGGGGGGGGCCGAGCCGAUGUCCUCUCGGGUGCACUCAGCCAACCUCUGCAGUUGUAAAGCUGGUGCUACCCUGGUGUGUCGGCGUAAAGGAUCCGCCGAGAUAACCCCCGAUUCGCUGGCGUCCAGAUCCUCCAAGUUGGCCGUUUUCCGCUUCGGACAUCAUUUCGCACCCGUGUUACGCAUGGAAUGGUUUUGGGGGGACUGGAGUAGAAAUGCAGCGCCGCACGUCCAGCCCACAACAAGAACCAUGCCCAACUUACACUGCAAGCAAACCUAUGUCAUCCUGUUUUAUCUUUUACGACUUUGAUAUGAGAGAAAUCUGCGCGGAUCUCGACGAGGAGUGAAGGAAACAAUCCCCGCCGCCGGCACCGGCUGAAGGACGCUGUUUUUUGCUGCAGAAGCUCCAGUAACCCAAACCCUCCCCCCCCCCCCCUCUCUCUCUCUCUCUCUCUCUCUCUCUCUCCCCCUACCCCCACCCCCUUCUUGCCCCCCUCCGCUCGCGCGCUCAGCGUUUAGGAUUUUCCUCUUUUUGAUGGAGCUGGAGAACAUAGUAGCCAACACUGUACUGCUAAAAGCGAGAGAGGGUGGAGGUGGAAAACGGAAAGGCAGGAGUAAAAAAUGGAAGGAGAUCCUUCGCUUCCCUCACAUAAGCCAGUGUGCUGAACUGGGAAAAAUCAUUGAAAGGGAUUAUGCCAGCAUCUGCGACAAGCAGCCUAUUGGAAGGCUUCUCUUUCGUCUUUACUGUGAGACCAAACCCAACUUGCAACGAUGCAUUCAGCUACUGGACGCAACGGAAGACUAUGAGGUUACACCUGACAAGAAAAGAAAAAGCAGGGGAGAGCAAAUCAUCAAGACCUUCCUUUCAAAACAAUCACCUCAGCGGGUAGACAUAGCCGAGGAUUUUGCAGAGCAAUGCAGAGAGAACCUCGAGCUCAGUCCUUGUAAGGAGAUCUUCAGCGACUGCCGCAAGGCGGUCCAUGAGUACCUGAGUGGAGCUCCAUAUUCAGACUAUCAGAACAGCAUGUACUUUGACCGCUUUCUUCAGUGGAAGAUGCUAGAGAGGCAACCAAUCACUAAAGACACAUUCAGACAGUACCGGGUGCUGGGGAAGGGCGGAUUUGGGGAGGUGUGCGCAUGCCAGGUCAGAGCAACAGGAAAGAUGUAUGCCUGCAAGAAACUGGAGAAGAAGAGGAUCAAGAAGAGAAAAGGAGAGUCCAUGGCUCUGAACGAGAAGCAGAUUUUGGAGAAAGUCAACAGUCGGUUUGUUGUGAGCCUGGCGUACGCGUACGAGACCAAAGACGCACUGUGUCUGGUGCUGACUAUCAUGAACGGCGGCGACCUGAAGUUUCACAUCUACAACAUGGGCACGCCGGGCUUCGACAAAGACAGGGUCCAGUUUUAUGCUGCUCAGAUCUGCUGCGGACUCGAGCAUUUGCACAGGGAAUCUAUUGUCUACAGGGAUUUGAAGCCAGAAAACAUCUUAUUAGAUGAUAAUGGACACAUUCGGAUCUCUGACCUGGGGCUGGCCAUCAAAGUGCCUGAAGGAGAACUCAUCAGAGGCAGGGUGGGGACAGUAGGCUACAUGGCUCCAGAGGUGAUCAACAAUGAAAAAUAUGCCAUGAGCCCCGACUGGUGGGGACUGGGCUGCCUCGUUUACGAGAUGACCGCGGGAAGAUCGCCCUUUCGUGCCCGGAAAGAGCGAGUGAAGCGGGAAGAAGUGGAGAGAAGGGUGCAGGAGGAAGAAGAGGAGUACAAUGACAAGUUUACAGAGGACGCGAAGGCGAUCUGCAGAAUGCUGCUCACCAAAGACCCCAAGCAGAGGCUUGGGUGUAACGCGGAUGGAGCAGCGGGCGUCAAGGCCCACUCGUUCUUCAAAAACAUCAACUUCAAGAGGAUGGAGGCUGGAAUUGUAGAUCCUCCCUUCGUGCCUGAUCCUCGCGCCGUGUACUGUAAGGAUGUUUUGGACAUAGAGCAGUUCUCCACUGUCAAGGGAGUAAAUUUGGACCAAACCGACAACGACUUCUACUCCAAAUUUGCUACGGGCUGUGUUCCCAUCCCAUGGCAGAAUGAGAUGAUAGAAACGGAGUGUUUCAGAGAUCUGAACGUGUUUGGGCCUCAAGGGACGAGACCUCCAGAUCUGGACUGGAAUCAGCCACCGGAGCCACCCAGACGUAGCCUGCUGGACAGGAUCUUCAGGAGGCAUCACCCAGAUGUGCCCAUCUCCAACAGCCGUGUGCAGUCUUCCAGUGUAAAUUCUGUGGACUCUAUGUCAAACUCUGCCCCCUAGUGGCACAGCUGACAGUGUGGGACCUACUUAACCCACAAACGUACUCUCAAGAAGGGAAGGAGCUGAUUGGUCCGCAGCUCAAAGGCCUGAGCAGCAGCUGGAGACAGCCUGUUUAAAAGCCUAAAUGGUCAGCCCGUGGGUAGGGAACGGAGGGGAGGGAAUAGGGUGGAGGAUUGACCGGGCCCUGAGAUCCUGGGCAUUAGUAGUAGGACAUUUGAUGUUGUGGAGAUGUUUGGAAAUAUUCAGACAAACCUUACUUUCCCUCAGGAUUGUUGGACUGUAGAACAGAGCCACUGUUGUUGUUCUUGAACCAGAAAAAGGAUUAAAAAAACAAACUGAUAAUCAGGGUAUUCACUGUAUAAUAAAGACCACCACAGGGAAUAAAGGUUGGGUGGGGGUGGGCAGGGGUAAGGGUGAAUGAAUUUUGUUUUUCAAAGAAAAAAAAGGGUCUUUUUUUUGCUUUCAUUUCAGUCUUGUACUUUCUGGCCUGUAUCUUGUACCAAUAUCUCUCAUCUCUUUGCUUCCCCCUGACAUGUCAACAUCUGCACAACUCUUAACUUAUUCUUUCUCCGUUCUUCACCUUCCAGACCUCAGAUGACUCCUAAACAUUCAGAACACACCACCUCAGCAACCUCAAACACACAAUGUACAUUGCCUUCGCGUACACUCAGGCCAAAGAUUGCAGUUCUAGUUUUGUGAUACUGUUGUUAUGUUGAAUUGUUGGUUUUUUGAAGGUUUUUAGCUGUUGUGUAGAACUACAGGAGGAUCAGAAUGUGUGAUCCCAUUUAUAGACUUUUCUUUAAAUAUGAGCCUGCAGACAUAUCAUACAGCUUCAAGCACACACACACCCACGCACACGCGCGCAUACAGUACAGCGCCUUCCAGAACUAUCCAUACCUCCUGAAUACGUCAUUGUUAAUUACAACCACGAGCUUCAAUGGGUUUCUUUGGGAGUUUAUGAUUGACUGACACAAUGUAGCCCACGGUAUGUUGUUUUAAACUUUAUUUAAACAAAAAAUCUAGAAAUUGUGGCAUGCAUUCGCAUUAAUUCCUCCAGUAAAUACUCUAUUCAACUCCUUUUGCUUCAUUUGGUGUACGCCUCUUAUGGCUCUGUCACGUAUUUUUGCCAAUUCUACUUUGCGAAAUACCUUGAACCUAUUCAGAUAUCUGAAGACUCUCAACUGGAUUCAGACUUUAUCUUGGACAUUCCACUGUAGCUCUGGUUCUGUUCAGGGUCCUGGUUCCGCUGGAAGACAAACCUCUUCUCAGGUCAUUUUUGCGGCCUCCUCUUGCCUCCUUCGUGUUCUCAACCUCUCGGUGUAUGUAGAAGGCCUUGUCUUCUUAAUCUUGCAGCUGUGCCUCACCCUUUCCACUUUUCAUUCAACUCAAAUUCAGUUCUACUCAAAAAUAUGUUAUUUAUCCCAAAGGGAAAUUAAAUGUUGUCGCAACACAAACCAUCCAGUUAUCUUCAUAGUUGUUGUGGAUGUGAACUCGGCGCUGCUACUCCAGCAUGCUGCCACUUUGAGCGGCGCAAGUCUAGAAUAACAAGUUGAUGGGUGGAACAUUUUUCUGCAAGUUUACGUUGUUUGAGAACUCAAAACGGCUUAAAUAUCUUGACAAUCUGCCCCCAAUCUCUGACCUUUUUGGUUUUUGUUAUGCAGUUUUUUUAGCAAUGUUCUCUAGCAAACCGCAGAGGGCUUCACAGAACAGCUAUCAUUAAAUUAGAAAAAGAUUAAGUCUUUUUAUAUUAUUAGUUAUUUCAAGGCAUGAGAGUAAAGGGCGGUCAAUACAAAUGCAUGUCAAACUUUUCAUAUUUGUAGUUAUAAAAAUAAAAAAAACAUAUAUAAUUUUCUUCCACUUUUAAAGUACGUGUGCUGUUUUGUGUCCUGUCACACAGAAUCCCGAACGAAAGCUUGUGAUUGAAACGCGACAGAAAUGAGUAGUUUUGCGAGGCGCCGUACUACGAACACACUCAGACUUGUGAGAAUCGUGUUGAGUUUUCAUUGCAUGGACAAGCGUAAGUGUGGACAGCUGUAUCCCUUUUCGAUUCUGCAUACUUCAUUCCUCCGACUCCGCCAUCUUAUACACACGGACGUUUCCCUCGGUUUACAGUGUCACUUUAUAUUUGGCAUUAUGUGGAGUUUGACAACUAAUUAAUAAGCUGUAAAGAAACAGAUCUCUCUCUUUUUUCUUCCGUUUUUUUUUUUGGUAGUUAUCUGCUCUGUCCCCAUGGAGUGGAGAGAAACACAUGCACUCAGCAUGACUUACAAGUUGCACAAUUUAAGAUACCACCAAGCUGUUUUGUUACCAAAUAAAAAUAUCUUUCCUUUGAUCAUUAA